UGGGCGGGGCCGCCCGGGGAACGCAGACUUCGCGUAAGAACCUCCGAGGAAGCAAAAGGGAGGCGCCACCCUGCACUCCCGGGGUGAUCGCGAAAAGCUGCCACCGGAGAAAGAACUCAUCUCUUUGCAGACAAUCCCUUUUUUAGGUGCAAGAAACGCCGGACUUAGGUGAGGAGUCAAGGGGCGAGGCAGCGGUCGACGGGAGGGCGCGCCGGCCGAAGGGGAACCGUGCGGAUGCGGACACUCGGUGGCUUCUGAGCUCGGCCAGAGACGCGGAGGUAGCGGACCGGGCGUUGCGCACUGCUCCUCGGUUCCGCCGCUCCAUCGCCCCACGGCCGGCUGGGUCAUGUCUAGAGACCGGGGUUCCGCGGUCCUGCCCUCCACCUUCGGCUUCCGGAAGCCGGCCCCCCGGAGCCUCAGUUGCCUCUCGGACCUAGACGGCGGCCCCACCCUGGAACCGCGGCCCUGCAGGCCCCCCGGGACCCCAGGCCGCGCGCCCCUGCCCCCGGCGCCGUCGGGCUGCGACCCCCGCCUGCGGCCCAUCAUCCUGCGGCGGGCACACUCGCUGCCCAGCUCGCCCGAGCGCCGCCAGAAGGCCGCGGGCGCGCCGGGGGCCGGGUGCCGGCCCGGGUGCAGCCGGCAGCUCCGUGUGCGCUUCGCCGACGCGCUGGGCCUGGAGCUGGCGCAAGUCAAGGUGUUCAACGCGGGCGAUGACCCGUCGGUGCCACUGCACGUGCUGUCGCGGCUCGCCAUCAACGCGGACCUGUGCUGCAGCAGCCAGGAUCUGGAGUUCAACCUGCAGUGCCUGGUGCCCGAUUUCCCACCACCCGUCGAGGCCGCCGACUUCGGCGAGCGGCUGGAGCGGCAGCUCGUGUGCCUGGAGCGGGUCACCUGCUCGGACCUGGGCAUCAGCGGCACGGUGCGCGUGCGCAACGUGGCCUUCGAGAAGCAGGUGGUGGUGCGCUACACCUUCUCCGGCUGGCGCAGCGCCCACGAGGCGGUGGCGCGCUGGCGGGGGCCGGCGGGCGCGGCGGGCGCCGAGGACCUCUUCGCCUUCGGCUUCCCGGUGCCACCGUUCCUGCUAGAGCUCGGCUCGCGCGUGCACUUCGCGCUGCGCUACCGCGUGGCCGGCGCCGAACAUUGGGACAACAACGACGGCCGCGACUACAGCCUCACGUGCCGCAGCCACGCGCUGCGCAUGCCGCGAGGGGAGUGCGAGGAGAGCUGGAUCCAUUUCAUCUGAGCCCCGCAGGCGCGCGCAGCCACACUGGCGGCACCCGGGCGGGGCGCUUCCGCGCAAGGCGGGGGCAGCGGCCGACCCUGUCUUCUACCUGCAACAUCUGUCUCUUGGUCUGAAAAGUGGCCUCAGAUGGCGGGAAGGCCAAAUAGUGUAAUGUGCUGGGGGAGGGUGGCCGGGGGGUGGGAGUAUGGGAGUGUUGGCCUCUCGCAGGAGGGCCCAGGCUGGGGUUUCUCUGGAAAGGUCUGUGGCCUCCUGUUGGGAAGGCCAGUGGCUUCUGCAUGUGUCCUAAAUCUGUCUCCUUAAUCUAGCUGUGAUUUAUUAUCAUGGUGAGCUGGACUUUUCCCCAGUAGUGAAUGCCUUCUCAGGAACAUUCGGGAUGGAAUCAGCUUAAAAGCAAAGGCAGUCACGUUUAUGUUUGUGUGUGUGUGCAUGCACACGUGCCACUGUAAACAGAAUGCCCAGUGUGACCAGCAUCGGGGUCCCUCAAGGCAUUCCUGCCAUGGGACAAGGAAAAUCUGAGACAAUAUUUACUUGCCAAUGUCUGUAGCCCUCUAAAAGUGGGAAACUAUUAAUAGGAAAGAAAUUUAUGCCUCAUCAGUCAGCACACAACCAUCCCUGGGAGUUCAGGCUGCCCUGGUUAGGCCGUAUGUCACCUACAUCCACAGCUGAGGAGGAAAAAGCUUAAAACUUUUUAACUAGCAAAAGAAUCCCUUCUAUGCAGUCACGCAUCACCAUAUAUCGUACAUGUUAGAUCAGUAUUUAUCUGCACGUUGUCAGGUCAUUCUGUUUAGGGUUGAAACAACCUAAAUGUGUUAAGAAAUCCUGCCUUAAGUUAUUUCAAUUUUUAGGAGACUCGAGAAUUUCAGGCAACACUGCCCUUUGCAAUUACCUUUUUGAUGACUAAGGUGACUUUCUAUGUCUUCUUAAGCAUCAGAAGAUUCCAGCAGUCCUCUUUUGGAAGUUAAGUUACCAAGUGGAGCUAGAUGUUUUCAGCAGCAGCCAGAGCACUGGAGGAAAAAUUGACAAGUAUAUAUAUAUAUAUUUAAAAUGUUAAAUGCUCCUUUUGACCUCCAACCAAGAAGUCAAGGUCACUGUUCCCUGCAGAAUGCCACAAUUACUUAAAACUCUCAACAAGGGGAUGAUGAUUUCUUCUGGCUGUGUGGUCUCUGACAGCAGGUGCUAGCACUGAGCUGUGGAAAAAACUAGUCACGAUGGACAAUAUUUCCAGCUGAUGAAGUUCAUGUAUUAAUGAGGUAGUUGAAACCAGUGUAAUCAAUUUGGGGAUAGCUGUCACCAGUGAAUUAACUAAAUUUUUGUGAGUGCUUGUUGACAUUUAGGCAAAUCAAUAUUUAAAGAUGUUUUGCCUCUUAACCAAUUUGUCUUUGAUAGCUGCAACUUCUGUGUUUUUAAAAUUGCCAAAAUUAGGAAUGGCUUUCUUUGGAAUCUCCUGAUCCAAGAACACUGAAUUUUGAUUUAAAAUAUUAUUAUUACAUUGAACAGUUUCUGGCUAUUAGCACAGUACUCUACAUUAACAUGCAAGAGAGAGAAAAGCCUGGUUGCAUUUCCUGCUGUUUAACAAACUAUCCAACUAGGUCAACAGCCUGUGAGGGCCUUGGCUUUGAAGCCCUUGGCCCCAGCCCAGAACGCAAGACAAUAGUCCAGAGUAUUCAGGUUAUGAGAAUUAAACUUGCAAAAUGUAUUGUUGUUUAAAGGCCGAGAAUCUUGUAAUUUAUGUGAAAGCCACUUCCAAAAAAGUUUCUGGUCCUAUAAAAUAAACUAAAUGUUUUAUCUUCAAGAUCAAGAGAACCUCUAGGUGCCUUUUGAAAAACAUCAACAAUUUGAAGUUUAAAAACUUAAAUUUACCUGCCUAGUGAUAAGUUUAAUAGCUUAAAUUUACCUACCUCUGGAACAGCUUAAGGAGAACUUUCAGACUCUAAAACACAAUGAUAUUGUUUAGAUGUUAAAAUUUUCUUGUGGAAUGUGCAAUUGGCUGGGUUGUCUUCCCAAACACAUUUUAAAUGAUUUUACCCGAACUUAGCUAUUAAAAGUAUAUGUGCACAAAUGGUUGUGUUUUUCUAUUAAAAGUUUUUCUUGUGAUCUUAUUAUAGAAAACAAAGUGUUAGAAACUUCUUGAUUGUUUAAAUCAUUUUACAUGUUAAGUGUUACCCUUCCUAAAACAGUCACAUUUAGUGCCUUGACAAAAAAAAUAAAGUUGUAUGCUAUACCUCUACUUCAGUAGCACAGUUGUGUAUCUGAGAAAGGGAAAUCCAGUCUUAGGCCAGGUCGGCAUUACAUAUGAAGAGGGCUCUAGGGGAACACAGGAUGGGGUAAUUAAUGUACCCUUCUCUCUCACGAUGCUUAUUGUGUAGCCUGUGCAUGCAGUAAUUACCCCUGGAUUAUGUCCAUCAUCUGAGUAUGGGGCCUUGUUUACAGGGGAAGGAAACUAACAUUUAUCAUGUCCUCUCCUAUUUGCUUGGCCACAAUGCUAGGUAUUUAUGUAUUUGAGCUCUUCCAAUUCUGAAAAUUAAACUACUUGUAAAUAAUCUCCCCAUUUUUUUAGCUGAGGUUCAAAGAGAUUAAAUAAUCUGCCUAAAAUCCCAGAGCUGUUAAAUAGCAAAGUCACGUAUACCCAAAGUCCAUGCUUUCUCUGCCAUUUCAUAUGGCAUAGAGGAUGUUCCUAAUCCUUGUUAAGUUUAAUUGACAGCUAGAUAUUGACUAUGA